GUCUCUCUACGCGGGGAGGCUCGGCCGAGCGUGGGAGAGAGAGAGAGAGAGAGAGAGAGAGAGAGAGAAAGCGAUUUCUUUCGCAGGUCUCGGCCAUGGACGGCUCGCCCUGACAGAGGCGCGCAGGUCCGGAGUGCGGAUAUAAACUUACACCUGAAUGACUUCUGACCGGGACCAGGCGAAACCGGCGGCUUGCCUCAGGAGCGAUUGAGAUUCACCCCGCCAAAGCCCAGCUAGGCCAUGCUCACACUAUGACCGCUACAAUGGAUCGGUCUGUAAUGUUGACAAUCCUGGUGCAUAUCUUCCUGGUGUCCCAUGGUGCUCAGUGUUUGGAGCCUGGGGAGGGAGCCUCUCUCCAGGCAGGUGCCCUGGACCUCCCAUGGCAGGAUGAGCUGUGCUGUGACUCACCUUUAGCUCAUGUUAAUGGCGAGGGAGGGGGAACGUACGCACCGGAGACAAACCGCUCUGAAUCUCACCUCCCACACUAUCCCCGCUGCAGCUUCAGGAGCUUGACGACCGCAUCACAUUCUCAUGGGCCCUCUGGUGGCUCCUGUUUGGACAUACUGUGCAGGAUUGAUGAAAACUGGGAAAAAUUAACUUGUUAUCUACAGUCUCGUGGCCAAACAUCCGCCACUCUGGAUGCUCCACUCAUGUCGGUCAGCUUACACCGUGUGUUGUCCCAGACAGAUGAUUCACGGGUGACCAAUGGGAAUACUGCGUCCGAUAAUCCCGUUGUCUGUGAGGCGGAGGAUUCCUUCACGUGUUCAGUCGCUCUUGACACUAAAACAAGCUUUGUCACCGUGGUAACUGUCAGCAUCUCCAACGCCGUGGCCCUGCGGGUUCUGCUCAGAACUCCUGUCCGACCCGUGAGACCGAGUCCUCCCGUCAACCUUUCACACAUUCAGACCAUCGAGGCGGAACUGAUUUUACACUGGGACGGCCCAUCAGACUUUGACCGUGGCCCGCUGAGAUAUGAGGUCCAAUACUCCUUUAACACCACUCAUCCAGCCUGGCAGGUGGUGUCUGCACUUGGAGGGCCCAGACUGUCUCUGGAUCUAAAGCCCAGACUAAACUACACCAUCCGGGUUCGCUGCUCCGGCCUGGAUGAGCCUCCGUUGUGGAGUGACUGGAGUGAAAGUCACCACAUCUACCUGGACACGGUGAGCUACAUCCCUGAGAAAGUGGUGGCACGACCGGGGGAGAACGUAACCGUGUAUUGUGUGUUCAACGACCACAGCAUCAACGCCAGCAAGGCCAUGUGGGUGCUCAACUUCCAGCAGCCGCUUAAUCGCAGCCAGUACCACCCAGUCAACCAGUGGGUCAGCCAGAUCACAGUGCGUCCUUCGGAGACUCGGAUGUAUGACCUGCUGCAGUGUACUCAGGAGUGGACCAUCCCUUACAGCCAGAUCUAUGUCGAGGGAGCUUCCAUUGAUAUAAACUGCGAAACCAACGGUGAUAUCGACGCCAUGGACUGCAGCUGGAAGAACACGCAGUGGACUAAACCCAAAUUUCGAUCCAGGUGGGCCGACCUGCCGUGCGAUGUGAUGGAGGAGAGGGAGAGGGCGGGUGAGAAAGUGGGGGAGAUGGGUCCUGCUUGCCUGCAGGUCAGAUCCAGGCAGAAAUCCUGCACCAUCCAGCCCCUGAGGAUGAACUGCUACAAGCUGUGGCUGGAGGUGCCGUCCCGGCUCGGCCCUAUCCGGUCCAAACCCAUCUACCUGUCACCCAUAGAUCAUGUGAGACCACACACGCCCACCAACGUGAAGGCGGUGAGCCGGAGCAGUGGGGUCCUGACGGUCACUUGGGAGCCGCCGUCUCUGCCGGUCGACGGGCUCCAGUGUCAGUUUCAGUACCACUCGCCGUCCAUGGUGAGGGCCCAGCCUGAGUGGAAGGUCCACAGUCCAGUGCGGGUUCCUUGGGCAGAGGUUGUCGUGCCGGACAUGUGCCGUGUGUAUGUGGUCCAAGUCCGCUGCAUGCACGCCAACGGCACCGGCUACUGGAGCGAGUGGAGUGACUCUGUCUACUCCACUCCACAAAACAGCAGAGCUCCUGAGCAUGGGCCUGAUUUUUGGAGAAUUCUUCAAGAGGAUCCAUACAGAAACCAGACUAAUGUCACACUGCUGUUUGAGGAUCUCCCAACAGCAGGGCGCUCCUACUGUGUGGACGGAUUUAUAGUUCAGCACCAGGCCUCGAGUGGCACUGUGAGGAGGGAGCGGAUCGAGCUGGUGUCCUCCUACAGCUUCGAGUGGAACCAGGAGCUCCAAACUGUGACUGUGGAGGCCUACAAUAGUCUGGGGAGCUCCGCUAACAACAUCAACAUGACGCUGGAGAGACAGCCCAAACGCCGCUGUGUGCAUUGGUUCCGCGCGUUGGUUAUCAACAGCACCUGUGUCUCUCUGUCCUGGAGCCUGCUGGACAACAGCUCUUUGCCUCUGUUCAUGGUGGUGCAGUGGUCACCACAGAGGCAGCAGGAGUCUGAUCAUCACAAAGUCGAGGGGGGAGAAACAUGGGCCAGACUGCCCUACGCUGACCGCCCCGUCUAUCUAAGAGGUGAUUUCUUUGGCUCUGAGGAAUACGGCUUCUACUUGUACCCUGUGUUUGCUGACGGAGAAGGCGAGGCGACGUACACUAUAGCCACCAGGGGAGACCCUGCAGCCUACAUGAUGCUGAUGAUCAUCUCCUUCCUUUCAGUCAUCCUGUUUGUCACUCUGGUCCUCUCCCAAAACCAGAUGAAAAAGAUUGUGUGGAAGGAUGUACCCAACCCAAACAAGUGCUCGUGGGCUAAAGGACUAGACUACAAAAAGGCUGACACCUCUGACCACCUGUUCCGACCCCCAGAAGGCCUGCCAGCCUGGCCGCUCCUGCUGCCCUCUGAGAACAUCUCCAAAGUCGUCAUAGUGGACAAAGCCGACCUGUCAGCUCUGACCACAGCCCUGGUCCAAACCCCACUUGUGUCCCUGACCUCCAACCCAGCCACUGCCUUAGCUAUCUCCAUACCUUCAGGGUUUGACGCAGAGGUUGACCAAACCCAGUGCAUAGAAAGUGAGGUGCUCAUGGCUGGAGCUCCGUCCUUAGCCCUUAAUCUGGAUGCUCUGACCAGUUCACAUCCAAGGAUAGAUGAGUUACAGCCAGUCGAUCCCCCGGCGGACCAACCCCCAGGCAGCACUGACAGCUCUGCCCAGUCUUCAGUCACAUAUGCCACCGUGCUGCUCUCUGACCCAAAGCAGGAGCAACAGCCCAUUCAACUCCACUACAAGGAUGGUAGUGGCAGCAGCUGCAGCGAUGAGGGCAAUUUCUCUGCCAACAACUCUGACAUUUCAGGCUCGUUCCCCGGUGGUCUGUGGGAGCUCGACAGCUGCCGGGGUGGGGAGAUGGACAACCCGCGGCGCUCCUGCUCCUACAACUCUGUGGAAGAGCUUUCCGAAACGUCGGAGCAAGAGGAUGACGGGGAGGUGAGAGAUGAGAAGGACUUGUACUAUCUAGGAACGGACUAUCCAGCGGACGAUGAGGAGCAGCAGAGAGAAGAGGAGACAAAAAUUAAGCUGCUUAAAAAUGUAGUUUUGAACAGAGAAGACUGUUCUGUGGAGUCGCACCCGUUGCUCGGCCCCGAGGACUCGAGCCAGCCCGCAGAGCCGUUGUCGGCGUCGACAUUAGGCUUUUCCCCGCUGUACCUGCCUCAGUAUAGAACUGCUCCGUGCACGAGGCAACCACAAGACAGCAAACCCCAGAUGUGACCCUCACACAAACUGCAUUUAAAUGAAAAUGCGCGCCGUUAAAUCCGUUGAGUUGUGGACUGCGGCACGGUUCAGCAUUUACCGAAGUGGAUUUGCAUCUGUUCCUUCAGACAAACUGAGGUGUGGAGCUGGAAAAUGUAAUAAUACCUCAAAAUAUGCAUGAUUGCAAAAUUGAUAUUUAUCAAUGCUGCUAUAGUGGUCUGUUGGAAAAGACGUCAGGAUGGCACAAGCCUCAUUCACAGGCAUUUAUUUCUUUCUUCAUGGGGCUGCAGAUUCUACUGUGCCACACUGCAACACUGCAAAUUACGCAGGAUCGGUUGUUGAUGCAGGAGGGCUUGCAGAGAGAGAGGAGCUCACGUAUUUUCAGUGGAGCUUAGGCUAGUGGAGUAAUGCACAGUUAAUGCUCGAAGGGAGCAGCAGGCAGACUGUACAAGCAGUAUGUCAUCAGGUCAUCAGGAAGGAGCGAUAGGGGAGGUAAGCAUUUUGUGGCUUCAAACAUCCUAUACAUACACUUUAUUUCACAGGUGGACGUAUAUUAAAUGCAUAUAAAAAUAUGUAGGAAAUGCCAUUUGUGCCACCGUUCACUCGCCUGCUCCUAUCUUCAUGUGGAAAACACGUCGUCAUUGAUUCUCUGCUGAAUUCUUUCGGCUGCAUUUUAAGCGAAACAUGAAAGCGGUUCAAAGAGAAUAAAUAAAUGCCCAAAAAAAGCGAGAGAGAGAAAGGGCCUGUAAUCUGCACGGUGUCGGCUUUCUCAAAGCACAUUUGACUGUGAUUUUGAAGUCAAAACUUGGAUGUCACUUCAGAGCUACUGGUGUGACUAAAUGAAACCAGGUGAUGAUGAAAACAGCUAUAGUCAGUGAGUAACUGCAGGUGAUUUACAGGCGCAGAAUUUACUGCAUUCAUUGGCAGCUUGGACAUCAACAUCUGCAUGGACUGACUCACCCACCAACCCAAAGAUUGUCUUUUUGUACUUUGUGCUGUAAUGUAUUUCAGACUUUGUUACAGUAUGUGAGAAAUGUGAUAUCUAUUUUUUUUCUGUGUUUGGCCAUUAACAUAAAACACCUGCUGUCUGGUGUAAAUUAAAAACAAAAUAGUGUCUGUUGCAAACCAGAGGACGAAGAAAGAAAAUUAAUCUAUUGGAACUAUUGAAACGUGGUUGACAAAUUGUUAUUGUAUAUGGAGAUCUUUUGUCUAUU